GAAAUGUAAAGGUGACCAGUUUAGUGCUAGCACAUCGCAAAGGUUUGAUCGUGUACUCGCGAAAAUAAUAUAUAGAAAUCAUGUCAGCAGUAGAACCGGGAAUUGUAUCUGGAUCCGUUGCUGCGGCAGCAUCCACAGGAGUAUCGCCGACUACGGCUUUCCUAUCUCUCCUCUUGCCAGCUCUGAUUCUGUAUUAUAUUUACUUUCGAAUUUCUCGUUGGCACAUGAUCGAAUUGGCGGAGAAGUUACCUGGUCCCGAAGGCUGGCCGCUGAUCGGGAAUGCUUUCUUGUUUCGCGGCAACUCCGACACUAUAUUCCGCACAGUGUACAGAAAAUCUUUCGAAUUCGAUCAAGUGAUCAAAAUCUGGCUCGGGCCGAAGCUAGUGAUCUUCCUGAUGGAUCCGCGUGACGUCGAGAUUAUUCUGUCAAGCCACGUUUACAUCGACAAAUCCACCGAGUAUCGAUUCUUCGAACCCUGGCUCGGAAACGGUCUUCUUAUCUCGACCGGUCACAAAUGGCGCGCCCAUCGCAAACUGAUCGCCCCGACGUUCCAUCUGAACGUGCUGAAGACCUUCAUCGAUCUCUUCAACGCGAACUCACGCGCCGUGGUGGAGCGAAUGAGGAAAGAGGGUGACAACGAAUUCGACUGCCACGACUACAUGUCCGAGUGCACGGUCGAGAUUCUUCUCGAGACGGCCAUGGGUGUCUCCAAGUCCACCCAGGAUCGAAGCGGCUACGAAUACGCCAUGGCUGUCAUGAAGAUGUGCGACAUCCUUCAUCUACGCCACACCAAAGUCUGGCUCAGACCCGACUGGCUGUUCAAUCUCACCAAGUACGGAAAGGAUCAGAUUCGUCUGCUGAACAUCAUCCACGGACUCACGAAGAAAGUCAUCGCGCGAAAGAAGAACGAUUACAAGAGCGGCAAGCGCAACGUCAUUGACGUCUCCAAACACGCCACGACCGUCAAGAACACGUCCGUGGAAGGACUUUCGUUUGGACAAGCGGCCGGUUUGAAAGACGAUCUCGAUGUGGACGAUAACGACGUCGGUGAGAAGAAGAGACAGGCUUUCCUCGAUUUGCUGAUGGAAGCCAAUCAGAACGACAAGAUUCUCACGGACGAAGAGAUCAAAGAACAAGUCGACACCAUCAUGUUUGAGGGACACGACACAACCGCGGCCGCGUCCAGCUUCUUCCUGUGUGUGAUGGGAUGCAGACCGGACAUUCAGGAUAAGGUUAUUCAAGAACUCGAUGAAAUUUUCGGCGACAGCGACAGACCCGCGACUUUCCAGGACACCCUCGAGAUGAAAUACCUCGAGCGCUGCAUCAUGGAGACUCUUCGAAUGUAUCCGCCAGUACCGAUUAUCGCGCGCAAAAUCAACAGCGAUCUGAAACUUGCAUCGGGAAGUUACACGCUUCCGGCCGGAGCCACCGUCGUGGUGGCGACGUUCAAGCUGCACCGACAGCCGUAUAUUUAUCCGAACCCGGAAGUCUUCAAUCCCGACAACUUCCUGCCCGAGAAAACCUCCAAUCGUCAUUACUACGCCUUCAUACCGUUCUCCGCCGGACCGCGUUCCUGCGUCGGUCGCAAGUACGCGAUGCUCAAACUGAAGAUCAUCCUGUCCACGGUCAUGAGGAACUUCCGCAUCAAGUCGGACAUCAAGCAGUCCGACUUCAGACUCCAGGCCGAUAUAAUUCUCAAACGGGCCGACGGUUUCAAAAUCAGAAUAGAACCGAGAAAAAAGGCCGCCACCUCCGCCGUUUAAACGAGGGCGAUUACGUACAAAAAAAA